GCUUCUUGUUCUUUUUGCCUUCAAUUUUUCUUUCCAUUUCCAAUCUUCGGUGUUCUUCAAAACGUCAACAAACACACAAAACGAUCGAAUUGAAUCACUGCACCGUUGGCUUUCGGUAGCAAUGCAAUCGAAGGAAYAAUAUCCGUAGGUUUCUUAGAGAAAAAAUGAUUUCGACGCGGUCCAGUCUAUGUUUGCGAGCGGCGGCGGCGGCAUCCAGGAUGGGUCGUGCGUUGACACCAUCUCGAUCGCCGCCUUCUUCUGUUGGUCUCCCCGCUGCGGCUCGCUCCUUCGUCUCGCCCUUUGUAGGGGAGGAACGGCUCCGCAUACGGUCCCUGYUGAGCGUCCCGGGUUGCGACGGGCGCAAGAUCCAAAAAUCGCGGGCGCUGGGAGCGGACGCGGUCGUCCUGGACCUCGAGGACGGGGUGGCCCACGACCGGAAGGAGGAGGCCCGGAAGCUGGUCAGAGAAACCCUGCUGGAUGMGGGCCGGUCGUUCGGAGCCUCCGAGCUCUGCGUUCGGGUCAACGGCCUGCACACCGAGCACGCGAUCCGGGACCUGGAGGCCGUCCUUCCCUGUCCACGGCUCAGAUACAUUGUGCUUCCCAAGGUGGAAUCCGCGGGCGACCUCUUGUUUGUAGAACGCAUGAUCGAGGAACACCGUGUCGGUCGUGUCGGUGCGAGCACGAGCACGAGCACGAGCGCCGAAGAAACCCCCAGGCGGGACGUMCGAGUCCUGGCGGCCAUCGAAUCCGCCAGGGGCCUCUGGAACCUGCGUGAGAUUGUCGAAACGGCGGCCCCGGAACGCUACGGCCGGCGUUUCCCCCUGCUGGAGGGCCUCGUCUUUGCCUCGGAGGACUACUGCGCCGACGUGGAGGCCAUCCGGACACCGGGCGCCGAAGAACUCCUGUACGCCCGGUCGAAGCUCGUCGUCGCCGCAAAGGCGCACGGCCUCCAGGCCAUCGACAUGGUACACAUCAACUUUCGCGACCUGGACGAGCUCGCAACCGAGUGCGAGGCGGGGAGGCGGCUCGGGUUCACGGGAAAGCAGGCCAUCCACCCGAGCCAGGUGGCCACCAUUCACGAGAAGUUUUCUCCCUCCCUUGAGGACGYGGACUUUGCGGCCCGGGCGAUGGCCGCGUUCGAGGAAACCGAAGCGGCCGGCAGCGGCACCUGCRUCGUGGACGGGAUCGCCGUGGACCUGCCGGUCUACAAGUGGGCGGUCAAGAUCUGCAGACAGUCGGAACGGCCGGCGUGACGAACCAUACACCAGCAACAACGGACCAAAAAAUGCGACAGAACGGAGCCAGCACAGGAGCCGAGACGAGACGAGACGAGACGAGACGACCAUGGAGUGGGACACAAUUCCAGAACAACAGCCCAGAAUUGUACCGGUAGUGUUGUUUCUGUGCAAUACAAACCAACACAGUUC